GACAGCACACACAGAGUCUAUUUCAUCAUGGUUGCAAAGGGUUCUACUGGACAGCCUGUGUUAGAAGCAAGAAUGAGUUGAAAGGGAAAUGGAUUUUAGCUGGUGGCUGACUCAUCCACUGCUCUAAACAGAAGUGAAUCUGCUCUACACCUGCAAAGGGAAAAAUUCAGAGAACGAGCUGAAAAUGGCUGUGGUAUAACUUCUAAGAAUGAUUUGCUUCAGAUUGAACUGCGAAAGGUUUGUGUUAAUCUCUUUUAGCUAAUCAAGAACCAUUUGAAAUGUUUUUAUCUUUUACUUUUGAAUUCUAUAGUUCUGUAUCUAUGCAUACUAGUAUUCAUGUCAUUUGCUAUAAAAGCUUUAGAACCUAAGAUCUGUAAUGAAAUAAUACUGCUCCUUCUUUCAGGAAAUGCCCUUUAAGGAAAAAAACCCCACCUUUUAUUUCUUUUUGUGAUUAGAAAAGGUGAAGUGCUCAUGGUAAAAAAAAUAUUUAUAAAAAAUCAAGUCAGUUGUACUCAUACUACUGAGAAAUAACAGUUAACAUUUUGAUGAAUAUCCUUGUAUGCAUCUCUACACUUAAAUUCAUUUACAAUGAUGAGGCCAUAGUAUUCUAUUUUAUACCUGAAUAUCACUGAAACAAUUUAUCAAAUGCCUUUUUAUAUUAAUAUAUAAUUACCAUUUCUACUGUUAGCAUAGUACCACACUGUGGAUGUACUAUUAUUUAUUAUGUAAAAUAGUCUUUCUUGUAUUGAUAAUUAUUUUGGAUGUUUUCAAGUUAUGAUUAUUAUUAUGAAUAAUAUCAGCUUACACUUUAAACUGCUUUGAGUUGUAGGGGCAAAGAGUAUAUUAUUGUUAACGUAAAUAUAAAUUCUAUCUUAGGGAUUCAACUACAUUUUAGAAGGUUGAUGCUUUUCCGAGUCUUUUUUAACUGCAUAAAGCUUUCAAAAAGGUUCCAACCAGUUAUUUAAAAAGUCAAAACUAUCACUAUUUAAAUAAUUAAACUUUUAGGAGAAAACAGAUGACUUUUCUUAAUGUCUCUUUCAUGCAAAUUUUUAAAAUAUGCUGAAAGAGAAAAAAAUAACAGUUUCAUAAAAAGAGUUAAGAGCUGACUUUAGAGUUACAUUGAUUGAAUUUGAAUUCCAGUUUUAGCUGUGACUUUGGAUAAUCUAAGGUGAGCCUCAGUUUCCUCACUAUAAAAUAGGGAAGCAACAUACCUACGUCGUAGGAUUUUUGUGAUGACCGUAUCUUGUAGCUAUAGUAUCCCAGUAUGUUGUAUGAUUGUGUAACAUUUCCCUUUCUGUAAGCGAUAUAAGACAUACAUUUAUAUUUUGAGUGAAAGUGGAUGAAAAUAUUCAUUCUUUUUUCUUUCCUUUGGAAUAUAUUUCCUCUUACAUAUUCUAGGAUACUGCCCUAAAUAUAAAACCUACUGGCUGAUAAUCCACGCCUGUAAAUUAUAACUUGUCUUCUUGUUCCUGCCACAAAAGCAAGCUACAUGCCUUAAAUAGGUUAAUGAAAAUUUCUAUAAUACCAUCACCACACCAAUGUUCCAUUUAUUUCAAGUAAUAUCUAAUAACAUCCUGGUAGUACAAAAUAGUUGAGAAUUUUUGGAGUUAACUUUAAGACGAUAAAAAUUCAUAGUACUUUUCAUAGCAAAGUAUAAUAUGGAUUCUGUGAAUAUUCAUAAAUAUACUACUGAAAUGAUUUCUGAAAAUGUUCAAAAACUGCCAUCAAGAAACCAGAAUUUAGGCACUUAAAUGUGGAUUUAAAAUAACUAAAUUCCUGUAGCAAGAUCCAGAUCUGUUUCCUCUGAUUUCAUUAAAUGCUGUAUCUUUCUUAAUUGUGAACUGAAACACAUUUUCCUUUGUGUAUAAAUGAGAUUUUAAAAUCACUGACUUUGGUUAUAACUUUUGUAUAAAAUAAUCUUAACAGAUCUGUAAGAUCAAAUCAGUAGUUUUAGGAACCUCUCCAAAAGCUCUGAGUUUACAAAAAUAAAACAAACUUCAGAUAAGAAGAUUCCUUUCUUAUAAGGAGUCCUACAGUGCUGCUCUUCAUAGAGAUUAUAUACACCCCUCCUCAGUAUCAUGUGUUUUUUUCUUCAUUGCAUUAUAAGGUCUAAACAUAAGUGAAUUUAAAUUCCUGAUAUCUGAAAUAUAUUCUUGGUAACAGAUUAUCACAACUCUAGGGAAAAAGUAAAACCACCAGCACAUGGAUAGAGUGAUGCUUUGUUUAUAUUUUGGCCAUAGGUUUGCUUUAAGGAAUAGCAUGCCGUCAGAAUGGAAGACUUUAUCUGCCUCCCAGUUGAUGGGGUUCAGAGCUAAGGUGGCGGACUAAGUAAACAUGGGGGACUGGAAUUUCCUUGGAGGCAUUCUGGAGGAAGUUCACAUCCACUCCACCAUGAUUGGAAAGAUCUGGCUCACCACCCUGUUCAUAUUUCGUAUGCUUGUUCUGGGUGUAGCAGCUGAAAAUGUCUGGAAUGAUGAGCAGUCUGGCUUCAUCUGUAACACAGAACAGCCUGGCUGCAGAAAUGUGUGCUAUGACCAGGCUUUUCCUAUCUCCCUCAUUAGAUACUGGGUUCUGCAGGUGAUUUUUGUGUCUUCACCAUCCCUGGUCUACAUGGGCCAUGCUUUGUACCGACUGAGAGUUCUGGAGAAAGAGAGGCAGAUGGAGAAAGGUCAAUUGAGAGGAGAACUAGAGGGAGUAGAGUUUGAAAUGUCUGGGGAUCGGAGGAAAUUGGAGCAAGAACUUUGUCAGCUGGAGCAAAGGAAACUUAAUAAAGCUCCACUCAGGGGAACCUUGCUUUGCACUUAUGUGAUACACAUUUUUGUUCGCUCUGUAGUUGAAGUUGGGUUCAUGAUUGGACAGUACCUUUUAUAUGGAUUUCAUUUAGAGCCUCUAUUUAAAUGCCACGGCUACCCGUGUCCAAAUAUAAUUGAUUGUUUUGUCUCACGACCAACAGAAAAGACAAUAUUCCUAUUAUUUAUGCAAUCCAUAGCCAUUGUUUCACUUUUCUUAAAUGUUCUAGAAAUAUUCCACCUAGGCUUUAAGAAGAUUAAAAGAGGGGUCUGGGGACAAUAUAAAUUGAAGGAUGAGCAUAAUGAAUUCUGUUCGAACAGGUCAAAACAAAAUCUUGCCAAAUAUCAGAGCACAGCUGCAAAUUCACUGAAGCAACUCUCUUCUGCACCUGAUUAUAAUCUGAUAGUGGAAAAGCAAACACACACAACAGUGUAUCCUACUUUAAAUUCCUCUGCAUUUCAGGCAGAUCCUGACAAUCACAAUAGAAAUGAUGAGAAAUGCAUUUUGGAUGAACAGGAAACUGUACUUUCUAAUGAGAUGGGCAUACUUGGUACUACCUGUAGUCAUAUUCAACACAUCAGCUCAAGUACUAAUGAAAACACUCAUAAAAUAUCUAGAAAAGAAGCUAAUGAUAAACAGUUAAGGAAAAAAAGAGAAAUUGAUGUCAAAAACAGCAAAAGGAACCAGCACCCUACUGGUCACUAUUCUAUUCCAGGUGUUGCUAUAGAUCUGGACAACCACUUGGGGCAGUCACCCCAAACAGCUUUCUCUCUGUCAGCUAACUGCACUGGGAAACCAAGGUGGCUUCCUGCUACAUGGAGUCCCUCUACAGAAGAUGAAAAUUGGGUGUCACCUCCUAAAGGUAACCUCCAGGGCCAGUUCAGAGAAGGCACAAUCAGAAUCCUUUCUCCUUUACAAGGAGAAUUCCAACCAGUUGACAUUCCAGACACUCCUAAUUCUUUUGGAGUGUUGUCCUUUGGAUCUGAGUUGGUCAGAACGUGCAAUAAUCCUACUGCUUGCCCUCCAAAUCAAUUAGUGUUGCUGACAAACAACUGCUUUAGUAGGCGGGCUCCCACAGACCUUCAGAUCUGAACAGCUGCUGCUUUUAGACAUUCCGCCUAUUAUCACAGAAGUAGCCUAGUAAUAGAGGGACACAGACAAAAUAGAUAAGGGCAGCUCUAAAGACCAGGUGUUAAGAUGGACAAAUGCAAACGCAUUUCAAACAGGGAAAACAUCUCUAAUUCUGAAUUGUGAAGGGGUAGUUCUGAACACAAUAACACAGAGUUACCCAACUGGGAUUACUUUUCCCAGGCUCACUUCAGAAUUUGUGAAAACUGAGUUUGGGGAAAUCAUAUGUUCAGAACCGAGGCCAAGUGGAUUGGAACCGGGUUUUUCCUUGAAGGAACCACAGUCCUUAGGAGAUUGUUCUUGAUGUAUAUAAUUCCUCCUUUUAGUUACUGAUCUUUUAUUUGUGGACACUGGUUACGUUUUGUUUGUUCCGGGGACUUAACUUAGUUUCCUUAUAGACUGCAACCUAAUGUGUCGUGAGUAUAAUCAUAACGCUGCUAUCCAGUAAAUAAAAUCUUAAAAAGAUUUGUGGCUUUCUUUGACCCAUUUACGGCAUCGUGAUUCAGGAACCAGGCUGAAGUUUGGCUCUACUACUAACUGGUCAUCUAACCUCACCACCUUACUAACAGUACCUACCUUACAGGUUUAGCGUGAAGAUUAAACUAAGAAAUACAUGUGUUUAAUACAGUGCCCGGCACAUAAUAAGCGAUCAAAAGUGCUAGCUCUUAUGAGCACAUUACUGAGCACCCUCAACAGGCCGACAUCAAGUCGGCCACGAAACAAACUCCAAACGGAAAAGCCAGAACCGAAGCACAGAUUCUAAACACAUUCCUCAAACCAUUGGAAAUCCAAGGGUUGCCCUGCGCCAGUCGUGGGCACUUUUUUAGGAUGAGGGCCAAGAAGCCAGCACAUAA